GGACGAUAAGGCUUGUCUCGGAUUUAACAAUUGUGACAUCGGCUCCUCAUCGACUCCCGAGGCGAGAUCCGUCAUGGACUUUCCUGCAUGGCAUUCUGUGUUCCCUCAAUGUAUUCGCUUCGUGUGACUAUGUUUGGAUACUGAGGCUUUUCUCGCAAUCGUACAUCAUUAGACAGGUCUUAGAUCAGGGUAGCUUGUGCAACAGACGAUGGCAGCGAGCGAACCAAAGGCCGAGGGUGACCAACCGAUCCCCAAUCCGGGAUAUCAGACGCCAACACCAGUAUCAACACCGAAUUCGAUACCAGACUCGACGCAUGACAAUGAUGGCAGUCCGAAAAAGCUAUCUCGAUGGGACAAAAUCUACGCUGUUCUUACAUACUGUCCACCGCGAUGUCGCUGGGAUCCAAAGAAACCACCGAAGUUCUCGAUGUCGAUGAACGUUCUCUUCGCCUUUGCGGCAGGCUUCACGGUCGCCAACCUAUACUACAGUCAUCCAGUUCUCAACAUCAUGGCGCGAGACUUUGGUGUUCGCUAUGAACAGGUUGCGCAGAUCCCGACGGUAAUGCAGGCCGGAUAUGCUGCUGGCCUACUGUUUCUAUGUCCGCUAGGAGACUUGCUACCCAGACGACCGUUCGUAUGUGGCUUGGUGUUCUUCACGGCAACCAUGUGGCUCGGUCUCUGCAUAACCUCCAACCUCUCCGUCUUCACCGCAAUCUCCUUUAUCACCGCCGUCACAACUGUAACCCCACAGCUUAUGCUCCCCCUCGUCGGUGAUCUGGCCCCGCCCAACCGUCGCGCAGCAGCCCUCUCCAUUGUAGUUUCUGGCCUCAUGCUCGGCGUGCUGAUUGCCCGCGUCCUUUCCGGCACAAUCUCCAACUUCACCUCCUGGCGCGCUGUAUACUGGCUGUCACUCGGUUUGCAGUACCUCAUCUUCGUGCUGCUGUGGCUCUUCAUGCCAGACUACCCGCCCACGAACCCAGACACCAACUACGCGCACCUCCUCCUCUCCAUUCCCGCUAUGCUGCCCCGCCACCCCGUCCUCGUUCAGGCCUGCCUGGCCUCGCUCCUGUGCUCCGCGCCCUUCACCUCGUUCUGGACCACACUCACCUUCCUCCUCGCGGGCCCGCCUUACGCCUACUCGUCGCUCACAAUCGGACUGUUCGGCCUCAUCGGACUGGCGGGUAUGCUCGCGUCGCCGCUGUGGGCACGCACCGUCACCGACCGCUUCGUCCCUCACCUCAGUAUCUUGUUCGGUCUGAGCUGCUCGCUGCUCGGCGUGUGUAUCGGUACCUACACGGGACUGUUCAGCGUCGCGGGCCCCGUGUUGCAGGCGCUGCUGCUCGACUUCGGCAACCAGACUGCGCAGAUUGCGCAAAGAAGCGCGAUCUUCGGUAUCGAGCCGAAGAGACGGAAUGGCGUAAACACGGCAUUUAUGGUGUGUGCGUUUGUGGGGCAGCUGAUCGGGACGGCGGUCGGGAAUCGGGUUUAUGCGCGAGGGGGGUGGGUGGCGAGUGGGAGUGUCAGUGUGGGGUUCUUGGGGGCCGCGGUGGGGGUCAUGGUUGUCAGGGGGCCGUGGGAGGAAGGGUGGGUUGGGUGGAGUGGGGGGUGGAGUUUCAAGAAGCGGGAGGUGGUUGUUGUGCGGGAGGAAGGUGCGAGUGAGCUGCGCGAGAGUGGGAGUGUGGAGGAGAAGGCGUAGAGGUCGAAGUCAUCACAUACGAGCGUCUUAGUCAAACCCCUGGAAUAACCACAUCAAUUUGCUACAGAGGACGGGAGAGAACGAGCAGCAAGCCUGACACUGUUGUCCUUCGAAGGGAGCGAUGUUGAAAACAAAAUCCUUGCAAGGUUGACGACCUUGGAAAUCCAUGGAAUUGUCACAAACGUGGCUGGCUCAUGACAGCGCCUCAACAGGGUGCAUACAGGGUCGAUACCUAGCGCAGAAUCUCAUUGCCAGGCCCAAUCACGGGAACAAACUUGAAGUAG